GCUCGAGACAAAAGGGAUUCGAAUCUCUAGGCGCAAUUGCAGGAUGAUUUUAAUUCGAAGAUCCCGCUGCUUUGCCCUAGGCCGGUCAUAUCUAUUCUCAAAGCAGCGAUACUCCCGUCAUUCCUCUACGAAAUAUUGUGAACCCCUUAGGAUACUUUUCUGCGGAUCGGAUGAGAUUAGCAUUGCCUCACUACAGGCACUCCACGCCGAGCAUAGCAAAUCCCCGGAGACAAUCGCUUCUAUAGAUGUUGUUUGCCGUCCCGGAAAGCGUGUGGGUCGAGGAUUGAAGAGAAUUCGUGAGGUUCCAAUCAAGGCCGUUGCAGAAAACCUUUCCCUUCCCGUACACGAAAUAGAUACAUUCACUGGAUGGACACCACCCCAACCCCAACAGGGCCCAUGCAACUUGAUUGUGGCAGUUUCGUUUGGCCUUCGUGUCCCUCCCCGAAUUUUAGGAGCCGCUAGAUAUGGUGGAUUAAAUAUCCAUCCUUCCCUGCUACCUGAUUUCCGCGGUCCUGCGCCGAUUCAUCAUACCCUUCUGGCAGCGGAGAAAACGACCGGUAUCACCUUGCAAACGCUCCAUGAAUCCAAGUUUGACUAUGGCUUAAUACUGGAUCAAACAAAGUUUGACAUCCCGGAGCCCGAAUCGUGUGACGUGCAAGGGCUUGUGAAAAUCGCAGCAGACAAAGGCGCGCAGGUGCUUAUCAAUGGGAUUCGUGACCGUCUGUUUGUUCCCCCAUUAGAACCGGUUUUGCAGCCUACGGUUGUCCCCGAAACGGCCCUAAGACAUGCUGCGAAAAUCGGUCCCGAGGACCGCCAUGUGGAAUGGUCAUCGUGGACAUGGAAUCGGAUACGACGGCAUCAUAAAGUCCUAGGUUCUUUGUGGAACUAUGCUAGCGUAUCUGGAACUUCAAAAUCUACUGGCUCUUCCCUACGAAAAAGGAUUAUAUUUGCGGAUAUGGAGGCUGUUCCGCCGGAUUUCAUUCUGGAGUUCGUGUCUGGAAUUGAACCUGGAAUACCGUUUGCGGUAGCGGGAAAUUCUUCCGUUUUGGACAAAGAUCGACCCAUAUACGUCCUCACGAGCGAUAGAAAAUUGGUUAAAAUAAAUCAAAUUAAGGUGGAAGGCGAUAAAACCAAGGGAGCUUAUGCAGCCGCCCUCAAGGCUAAGGCUAUUCAGCCACUGGCUCACAGGGGGAUGUCCGAUGAGACGCUAAUUUCUAAAUUUUAUGAACCUCUUCACUGAUGGAAAGCGCUGUGGGUGUGCCGCAUUUCAUCAAUCUCCAAGACAAGUCUUCUCAAUUGCGUUCCGUGUCACGUGUGCUUUCUCACUCUGUAUGGGAUUAUCUGAUCACAAACCCAGAAUCUACAUACUUUGUCAGUACGGGGAACUUGCUUUUAGAACUUGGAGUCACCCACCAACUUGGAUCUGCUGGCCUGUCAUGGAAGUGUUUUUUGCGAUUGUGAUGAAUACAUCGGCACAAUCGUCGACGGACGGCUGUUACUUGCAUGAGCGAAAGAUACGGGUUGACCCAUGGCUAUGUCACUUACAACGCGUUUCAGUGGUACUUUCUCCUCGUACAUGCCAACAACCUCCUUUGGAAA